AUGACGAAAGGAAAAAAGAAGCAAACCGUCGAAUUGGAUUUAAAUAAGGUUGAAAAGCUUGAACAUUUGAUGCCCGUUCCAAAGAGUAGACAAUCGUCUAUUACAUCAGUGGAGUCGGAAGAUGGAUCUCUUAAAGAAGUUUUGAAACCACCUCCAAGAAAAGAUUUUGAAGACCUUGCAUCCUUCGAAUCGUAUAUUAGAGACGAGACAUGGGAUAACGAGUUCGACUACUGCCACGCUCAUUUGACUUACUAUCCACCAUUCGUUUUAAAAGAGGUCCAUGAUGACAUAGAGAAGAUAAAACCAACCAUGAAUAAGAACUCCAGCAAAUUUAGAAGAAACUUGCAACACCACAUCCAGCGUCAUUUGAUCCUAGAGAUGGAGAAGUGUUGCGGCUUCGAGAUGGAUUUCGGUAAGGCCAAGAUGGAAGAAACCCCUAAGAACAUCAUUUGGAGAUAUGAAGACAGUGGAGACCAUGGUUUCCCCAAGGAGGAGGAAGAUAAGUUUAACAGACACUGGAAGUUAGAGUUGGAAGUGUCGUGCAACAAUGAGAAUCCUUUGGUCCAGGUUGACUACAAAGCCAUUCCUGUUUAA